ACUGUCUAUACCAAAGUCAUCAAAGUUGAACUUUAAUGUCUUGUCUUCAUUUUAUUCAUCCAAAAAAUUAUGAAACCAGAAAUUUUUUGCUUGAUUCAUGGAUAUGUUUGUUUAGAUUCUAAAACCCUGUUCUUCUUGCAUCAAUGGUCCCACUCUCUUUGUUCAACUUUAUAUAAAAGGUAGUCAUGAAGGAUCAAAUGAGGUAGAAGCUGCUGAGUAGUUUACACAUAUGGCUGCCAUAACUCAGACAGCAGCUGCAGUGAUGGCUGUUCUUGUCCAAGUAUGGAAUUUAGUGAGAGUGACACUAGUUGUGCCAUUGUUAAGGUUGGCAAUCUUCCUGAGCUUGAUGAUGACAGUGAUGAUACUUGUGGAGAAGGUUUUUGUGGGCAUGGUGAGUUUGACAGUGAGAAUUUUUGGUCUAAAGCCGGAGAAACGGUAUCGAUGGGAACCGAUGAGGCCGGACUUGGAGACCGGACACUUGGCUUAUCCUAUGGUGCUCAUUCAGAUUCCAAUGUAUAAUGAGAAAGAGGUUUACAAGCUCUCAAUUGGAGCUGCCUGUAGUCUUGACUGGCCUUCAGACAGGAUGAUAAUCCAAGUCUUAGAUGAUUCUACAGAUCCAAUAGUGAAGGAUUUGGUUGAGCUUGAAUGUCAGAAAUGGAAGAGCAAAGGAGUGAAAAUUACAUAUGAAGUUAGAGACAAUAGACAAGGUUAUAAAGCAGGAGCAUUGAAGGAAGGAAUGAAGUAUGAUUAUGUUCGAGAGUGUGAUUAUGUUGCAAUGUUUGAUGCUGAUUUCCAACCAGAAUCUGAUUUUUUGCUGAGAACUAUUCCCUUUCUUGUGUAUAAUCCUGACAUUGCUCUCGUUCAAGCUAGGUGGAAGUUCGUGAAUGCUGAUGAGUGUAUGAUGACCAGGAUACAAGAAAUGUCACUAGAUUAUCACUUCAAGAUUGAGCAAGAAGCAGGCUCUUCUACAUUUGCAUUCUUUGGUUUCAAUGGAACUGCCGGUGUUUGGCGUAUUAAAGCCAUUGACGACGCAGGAGGAUGGAAAGAUAGAACAACUGUCGAAGAUAUGGACUUAGCAGUUCGAGCAGGGCUCGAAGGUUGGAAGUUUGUCUAUGUUGGAGACGUUCAUGUGAAAAGCGAGUUGCCGAGCACCUUCAAGGCGUAUCGGUAUCAGCAGCACAGAUGGUCUUGUGGUCCUGCAAAUUUGUUCAAGAAAAUGGCCAAGGAGAUAGUGAUUAAUGAGAAUGUGUCAAUGUGGAAGAAAUUUCAUUUGCUAUACAGCUUUUUUUUUGUCGGCAAAAUCGUUGCUCAUACUGUAACAUUCAUCUUUUACUGCAUUGUGAUCCCGGUUUCAGUAAUAGUACCUGAAGUUGAAAUUCCUCAAUGGGGAGUGGUUUAUGUCCCAACAUUGAUCACAUUUUGCAAAGCUUUUGGAACUCCAAGCUCAAUUCAUCUGGUGAUCUUUUGGCUCCUUUUCGAAAAUGUCAUGUCCUUACACCGAAUAAAAGCCGCUUUUACUGGACUACUAGAUGCAGGGAGAGUGAAUGAAUGGAUAGUCACCGAGAAGUUAGGCGAUGCGCACAAGCCUAAGAACACCGAUAACUUCCAAGAUAGCUCAAACACUCAACCACUGAUGAACAAGCCUAAGAAAACUCAAACCAAUAUUUGGCAAAGAUUCUAUUUUUCAGAAAUUUGGAUUGGUUUGUUCAUGUUAUCAUGCGGUUGCUUUGAUCUUGCAACAAGACAGCAAGGCUACUUCAUCUACCUAUUUCUCCAAGGCUUUGCAUUUCUCUUCAUUGGUUUUGGAUACGUGGGAACAUAUGUUCCUGGUUCUUAGUCAUCUGAUUCUUGCAACACUGAAUUCACCAUCAAAUUUUACAGAAGUAUCAUGUGAAUCCUUCCUUUCUCUCUGCACAUGUACGGCUCUUUAUUCCAAUUGACAGAUACCAGCAAAUGUUGGCUGUCAAGAUUCUAGCAAUUCAUAGCAAUUGUACCAAAACAAUGUGCAAAAAUGCAGCAACAGAGGGAAGAAUGGCACUUGUUUGAGUACAAUUUUGUAAUAAUUGCUGCAAAUUUUGUCUGUUCAAUUAAUUUUUUUUUUUAACAAAGGCGAUAAGCGCCGCCUUAUAAUGAGGUGUCAAAGGAUAUACAGACACAGAAGUGCACUAGUUACAGUAGUUUAACGACCCCCUAGAGAUUUAUUAACCCGGCCAAAUGUCAUAUGGGGCAAUUAAAUUUCUACCAUGUGCACGCCUAGAAGAUAUUUCAGGAACCAAACCAAGUUAAUAAAUCCCGCUGUCUUGUAACCCUGGAGAGGAGGAAAAUGAUAUACUCUCAUGAGGGACCUAUAAACAGUAC